CAGAGCUGGAUAAAUCACUCCUGAAAUACUCGGUACAGGUCAAACAUGACCAACGACAUCUCCAAAAAGAAGGGAAAGGGUUCGAGCGAGAAAAGGGCGAAAAGAAAAACCAAGAGGAGAGAGACUUACGCCAUGUACAUCUAUAAAGUUCUGAAACAGGUUCAUCCGGACACCGGCAUCUCCAGCAGAGCCAUGAGCAUCAUGAACUCCUUCGUGAACGACCUGUUCGAGCGCAUCGCCACGGAGGCGUCCCGGCUGGCUCAGUACAACAAGCGCUCCACCAUCACCAGCAGGGAGGUGCAGACGGCGGUGAGGCUGCUGCUGCCCGGGGAGCUGGCCAAGCACGCCGUGUCCGAGGGCACCAAGGCGGUCACCAAGUACACCAGCUCCAAGUGACGCACCCGAACGUGUGGUGACAAGCUUUCAAACUUGUCGGCUGGUGGCUUUUUUUUUUUUUUUUUUUUUUUUUUUUGCAAGCUGGGUCGUUUCAAUAAAUGCACAGAA